CGUACAGUGGCCUCGUGCCUGCCAAUAAAUCACGGUGCCCUGUGGAACGUUGUUAUCUGCAAGGCUCACCUGUUUCGAGUGGCCGCAGGGUCGAGGGGCCAAGUCUGAACAAUCAAGAGGGGGAACAAGUGAUAGGAGAGUUGCGCUGCAGGUGGAGUUGGGAUUUGUGUGAGUUGGGAGUGCCUGGGGUGGUGUUGGCUGCGCUAUCACUCGCUCACUCUUGCUUUUCCUCCAUCCUGGCAACCUGGCUGCCUCUCGCUCAUCCUCACUGGCCUCUUCGUGACCUUGAUCGUAUUUCACCCCAGUCGGGAGAUCACAGAUCACACCUCACCUGCUCCACCACAAUUCUCUCCAACCACCCAUUGAUCAACGACUUCCACCUUUCUUGGUUUCCCCUGCUGGACACCUCCUCUACCAGGGUCACCCAUCCGGUCCUGUCACCCGCCUCGCCCACGCAGCUGUGGUCGAGACUCGAGACCGCCCAGAGCUACUGUACCCCGUAUCCAUGGCUCUUCACUAUUGCACCAUCGCCCUUGUGUGUUAGCGUAGGCCACUUCCGGCUUCACGCCUUGCCCAGUUCGCCUUGCUCGGGUGGGUCGCAGCGUCACACUCUGGCGCCCAGCCUCAAAGUCUCGACAGUUCGUAUCUCGUUGUCCUUCGGCGCAGGCGAUGAUGCCAGAGCCAUUGAUGGGCUCGGUGCAGCCAGGGUAAUCUGCCACGCCCCCAGACACCACCACCACCCAUGCAUGGUCCACGCGCACAUGUUGUUGUCCUACAUAUACCUUCCCAACUCGCCCUGACCCUGCGAGGCUCUUCUCGUCUCGCUUUCCCCAUCUCGAGGUCCCAGGUGCUGGUGCUCGUCCCCUGCUCGAUCUAAAAGGAUCGUCGAGCACUGUUAACUGGCAAAACAGUCAGCACUCGACAUCUCCAAUAGCUCCCACAAGCUCCAACAUGGAGAAGACCGCCGACUUCCAUCUCGCGCCUGGCUCCGAGUCGCCAGAGAACCUCCCUUUCGACUACACUGACGCCAACAAGGUCGAGGCUCGACGAGGUUCCAAGCUCAACGAAGCCACCGAUGUCUUUGGCGACAUCGCCACCGCAGAGGAAUAUGGCUAUGUCUCGCGAGGUCUCAAAUCUCGUCACAUCCAGUUCAUUGCUCUCGGUGGCACCAUCGGUACUGGUCUGUUCUUGGGUAUCGGCCGUGCCUUCCUUCAAGCCGGCCCGCUGUCGGUUCUCCUGGGCUAUACGUUCACUGGUCUGGCUGUCUUUGCCAUGAUGAUGUCCCUGGGCGAGAUGGCAACGUGGCUUCCGCUCCCUGGUGCUAUCCCACAAUUCUGCGCUCGUUAUGUCGAUGAUGCCAUGGGCUUUGCUGUUGGCUGGAACAACUGGUAUUCCUGCGCUAUCACACUCUGCGCCGAAAUCUCUGCAGCAUCGAGCGUCAUCCAGUUCUGGCCCGGCGCUCGAGACAUCAACGUUGCAGCAUGGAUCUCGAUCGUCAUAGUGCUGGUCCUGGCCCUUAACAUUUUCGCCGUUGCCAUUUACGGCGAAGCCGAGUUCAUUUUCGCUUCCAUCAAGAUCAUCACCAUCAUUGGCCUGCUCAUCCUCGCCCUUAUCAUUGAUGUGGGUGGCGUUCCAGGGCAACACCGUCUCGGCUUCCAAUACUGGAACAACCCCGGUGCCAUGAAAGCUUACAUCGCCUCCGGCAGCACUGGUCGUUUCCUUGGUCUCUGGUCCACUCUCGUCAAUGCCGCUUUCUCAUAUGGUGGUGUCGAAAUGGUGGCCGUCGCGGCUGGUGAGGCUGAGGAUCCCCGCCGAAACAUUCCGAAGGCCGUCCGGAGAGUCUUCUGGCGUAUCCUGUUCUUCUACGUCUUGGGCUCGUUGGCAAUCGGCGUCUUGGUCCCGUACAAUGACCCCAAUCUUCUGAACGCUCGUGAAAAUGGUGCGCCUGGUGCCGCUCAAUCUCCGUGGGUUAUCGCAAUCAACCGCGCCGGAAUCGAUUCUCUUCCAUCCAUCAUCAACGCUGUCAUCUUGACAUCCGCCUCUUCGUCGGCCAACGCUUUCUUGUACACCGGGUCGCGAUAUCUGUACGGGAUUGCGCAAAUCCGUCAAGCACCUAGAUUCCUGCUCAAGUGCACAAAGACUGGUGUCCCGGUGUGGUGUGUGCUGAUCACCUGGUCAAUCUCUCUCCUGACCUACAUGUCUUGCUCUUCCGGCUCGAAUACUGUCUUCACGUGGUUCCAGAACUUGACCACGAUCUCCACUCUCUUCACCUGGGUCAGCAUUUGCAUCGCUUACCUUCGCUUUUACUACGCCUGCCAUGCCCAGGGUAUCAACCGCAAUGAAUUGCCCUUCAAGUCUCCCUUGCAACCAUACCUCGGCUAUGCCUCCGCCAUCUUCUUCGGUCUGAUCAUCUUUUUCAAUGGGUUCGAUUCGAUCGCAGGAACUUGGGAUUACCAAGCCUUCAUCACCGACUACAUCGGAGUGCCCAUCUAUUUCGGCCUGUACUUGUUCUGGAGGAUCUUCAAGCGCACGCACUUCCGCAAGGCCUCCGAAGCCGAUCUGUACACGGGCAAGGCUGCGCUGGAUGCCAUAGUAUGGCCUGAGCGCAAGCCGAGAAACAUGCUGGAGAGGAUCUGGUUCUGGAUUGCAUAAAGAGGCGCAGGGAAGCGAAGAUGUAUCCUUGACGCUUUUCCUUGGUCCAAAAGUGAUAUACCAUACCCAGCAUGCGUUCAUGUCAUUGUGUCUUUGAGAACAGAACUAGCAGACAGCUCGUAGGCGAGCUAUGAUAAUAUCAUCUGAAAUUGUCACAAUGAGGGAAAUAACUCCACAUACCUUGACCACU